AUGGAGUUCACAGUGAUCGACUACAGCAUCUUUGCACUGCUGCUGUUGCUGUCAUCAGCCAUCGGGCUCUUCUAUGCGCUGAGCGGGGACCGGCAGCGCACAGUGCAGGAGUUCCUCCUGGCUAACCGCAACAUGGGCUUUCUGCCUGUCGCCCUCUCCCUGCUCGCCACCUUCCAGUCAGCAGUGGCAAUCUUGGGCGUGCCAGCCGAGAUCUACCAUUUCGGCACCGAGUACUGGUUCCUCGGCUGGGAUCCAUGGUGCAACAUUAAUGGAUUCAACACUUCUAGGAUUGCCCUGUUUUAUCAUGAAAUAGAAGUGAUGGCAGUUGUGGAAUGGUACCUGGAGCUGCGCUUCAACAAGACAGUGCGGGUCUUUGGCACCAUCACCUUCAUCUUCCAGAUGGUCAUCUACAUGGGGGUGGUACUCUAUGCACCCGCACUGGCUCUCAAUGCAGUGACGGGCUUUGACCUCUGGAGUGCAGUGCUC